CAUUUGAAAAUUUGGACGAUGGAGCUGCAGCAGAAGCAUUCUGUGACUCUAAAUGUGUACGAUAUUCAAGAACAAGCAAAGACUGAGGAUAUCUAUCAGACUCUCCAGACCCCACCAACAGCGGUUUCAAGAAAAGUUUCAAGGAAGAAGAUAACGGUUCCGCUUCUCAUCAUAAAUAUCCUCCUAUUGACCACCAUCCUUAUGGUUACGGCGAUACACUACUACCACUUCAGGCAAAGUGGGGAAGAAGACCAGAAGACUAACCAAGAGAUGUGGUAUCUCCAUGAUGACACGUUCUAUUUGUUCUGGAGUAACCACGGUGACUGCAAAACUGCUUAUAGCUUUUGUGCUGAGAGGAACGCCAACCUUGCCACUGUAACAAACGACAACAGGGACUGGCUGCAAUCACAAAUCAAUGGAAAGCGCCUGCUGGUGAAAAAGGUCCACACACAUGGCCUUCAUUGGCUGCAUUCACAAGACUUAGACAAUGAUCUACUUGAUAUACUGUUCCACUUGGGUGACCAUGAUCUGCCUAAUCCUCAAUCUGAGUCUGAAUACAUGGGGUACCUUGAGCCUAACUGUACGUUCUUCGGUGAGACUUCUUACCUCAGUGAGCAGGUGGCGGGAUGGGUGUGUGAAAGACCACCAGCGUGCUUCAGAGGGUGCUAAAAUACCAGCUCUGAACAUCCUGAAGCUUUGAGAAAAGAAAGCUUUGCUUUACUUAGCAGUGGACGUCCCAUUGACCCAGAGCCUUGUCUACAAAAUGUAUUUUUUAAUAUCCAGUAUAUAUUAUCUUUAACUCAAUUAUGACAAAUAUAAACCAUUUGUUCUUGUUUGUUGUUUCUUAUUUACAGCAUCUUUUGAUUUAACAAAAAAAAUAAUAAAUUUCAUAUUUUGAAUGGAUUUGUUUGACCUUGAACA